AUAUAGAUUAAUAAAACACCAGAAAAGCAAAUCAUAAUUAUAAUCAUAAAUGAUUUAUAACAAAUAGUUGAUUUGAAUUUGUUACCAAAUAUAUAUAUAUAUAUAUACAUAUGUGUAAUGUAUUAUGAUGAAAAUGGUCAUUACUAAUAAUGAUAUGCUUAUUUACAAAAUUUAAUGAUUAUUUGUUACUACAAACGUUACUGAUUUAAAACAAAAUAUUACAAACUACAAAUUGUGUCUCGUUUUUUUUCUUCUUACAAAUAUAUUCAAGAUAAGGAAAUAUAAAGAUAGAUAUAUAUAAUAUAAUCAAUAAUUAGAAAGAUUACAGAAUGAAAUUGAAAAGUCCUUCAACAAGUUACAUCUCUAAUGAUCCAAUAGUAAUAGAGACAUUGAAAACAGCACAAGAAUUAAAUUUGGACAUGAAUUCAAAAAAACAUAAUAGUCAUUCAAAUAAAUUAUCCUUUUUUAUACAUAAAAAUUCUAGUAAUAAACCAUCAUCAACAAGAAAAUAUUCUUUGUCAAUACCAUCAAAGUUAAAUGAUACAACGGGUCAAAAUAUUUCAAAAAAUUUGGAUACAUCACAAAAUCAUCAACAAGCUGAAGUUGUAUCCAACGCUUUCAAUGCUUACUAAGUGUAAAGUAGCCAGCAAUUUCAAACAUUUAUCUGUCCGUUUACUGGUUGAGUAUCAUAUAUUAAAGUGUAGUUCUCAUUGAAGUUUUCGGAUGGGUUCAAUGAGAUGAUGUAUCGACACACUGCUGGUAGUAAUAUAUUUUACUAAGUGUUUGGCGAAUGAGUGAGAGUCAAGUUCUGGAUAAAAUGAAAGAGAAGAAAAAGUUCUCUUUUCGGAAGCUGAUUGGUAAAUUUGAAGAAUCAUCAAAAUCACAUAUAAAUGAAAUGUUAAAUAAAUCUCAUUCCGAUAUACAAAUUGAUUUAAAUAAUCAACAAAUGGAAAGUGAACUAGAAUUUGCACAUAAAUUAAUGAACUCACCAGAAGAAAUGGGUUUAAGUUUAGAGGGCAGAGAUAAUGAAAUUGAAUGUUAUGUACAAACAAUAUGUGAACCAUGUACAUUAAGUAAAAAUGCAAUAAAUUUUGAUCGUUUACUACGUCGUAUUGAUACAACUAAUGCACGUGUAACAACAUUGAUCAAUUUAUGCACUACAGCUAUUUUAGCCUCAGAUAAAACUGCUAUUAAUUUUCUAGUGAAUAGUUUAAAACGUAUGCGACGCAAACAAAAUUUAUUAAUUAAUGAAGCAGAUGAUACAAUGUUGACAUUUUUAAAAGAUCCCCUGAUUUUAUUACGUUCAAAGAAGAAAAAAGUUGGUAAAAAUGAAAGUGGUGUUAAAUUCAGUAUUCAUUAUCCUGAAGAUGAUGACGAUGAUGAUAAUGACGAUGAAGAUGAUGAUGGUGAUGAUGUAGAAAACGAUAUCGAUAGUAACGGUGAUGUACGAGAAAGUAAUAUUGAAAAUAAAUGUGAAAAUAGUAAAAAAAAUGAGGAGACACAAAUUCGUUGGGAAAUGAGUAGUAAUCAACUAAGUACUGAUUAUUCUACAAGUGAUAGUGAUAAUGAUGGUCCAACGCCUGAAUUUGUUUUAAAUUUAUCAAAACAAAUACGUAAAACAGAAGGUACACGAUUAAAACAAAAUUUACGUUUAAUCAGUCGUAAAAAAUCAUCAAAUCUAGAAAGUAAAAAAGCAUCAUAUAAUGUUCCACCACCUUUGAAUCCACUUGGACAUAAUCGUAAUGAUUUAUUACGUUCACAUGCUACAGUAGCAAGUGGUCUUUGUCAACAAAGUCAUAAAAUAUCAUCAUCAUCAUCAUCAUCAUCUAUGUUAUCAACAAAUGGAUUAUAUAAUACUGAUACAAAAUAUACACCAACAUUACCAUUUAAUUUAUUAAGUUUAACUGGACAAUUAUCAUGGUUAAUAUCAGAAUAUAUUGAACGUGGUAGUUCAACAUAUAAAUGGGCAACAGAAUUAAUUAAUUCAAUUAGUAAAAUGUCUGUUACACGAUCUACAUGGUUAAAUGUACAUCAACAAUUAAGAGAAACAACUGAAUUAUUAUAUUCCCAUCGUGAUGAACAAUUAAAAUUAUAUUAUUCAAUUAAUGAAACACCACAAGGUGAAAUAGCAUGGAAUAAAUUACAAAUAAUACAUCAAAAUUUAUUAAAUAAUGAUUUAAAUACUACUACAAUUACAUCAAAUAAUUUAAAAGUAAUAUGUCAAUCAUCAAAACAAUUAAAUAAUAAUAAUAAUAAUGAAAGAAAAUUAGUACAAUUAUCUUGUUUAUUAGAAAAAAAAUUACAUUUAGCUUAUUUAUGUGAUUUAUUAUUAUGGAAAGCGCAUAAAAUAAUUUUAACUCAAUUAAAUUAUACAAAUGAAGAUAUAAUAAAAUGUCAAUCAAUGGAUUUUCAAAUACGUUUAUUUGAAUUACAAUUAGAUCAAUUAAAUGGACAAAAUUGGUCAAUAAAUUUAAUGAAUUAUAUGUUAUGUUGGAUCAAUAAUAUAUGUGAAUGGAAAAAUCAAUUUAAUUUAAAUUCAUCUGAUAUUGAUUAUUUUAUAUGGAAUGAAUUUUAUGUAUUUAAAAAUUCCAUUGAUAAUUUAUUUAAUUUAGUUCAAUCAUUAAAUAGUUGUAAAUUAAUAAGAUCAGCAUUAAAUGAACAAAAUAAUAAUCAUAUUAAUAAUAUGAAUCAUUCUAUAUAUAAUUAUCAUUUAAGUAAUAGUUUAAGUUAUAUUAAUUUAGAUGAUAAUCAAAGUAGAAUAUCAUCAUUAGAUGGAUUAUCUAAAAUACAAUCAAAUAAUCGUUUAACACAUAAUAAUUAUCAUCCACAUCAAUCACAUCAUAGUCAAGGUGAUUUUCGUAUAUUAGAUGCUGAACGUUGUUCAAGAUCUUAUUCACAAUUAGUUAGACAAAUACAAGAGAAUGCUAUGAAUAAUAGACCAUUAGCUUAUUUUGCUGAACGUGCUUUAUAUGAUAUUGCAAUAGAAUUAGGUUGUACAGUAAAUUGGGAUGAAAGAUUUGAUAGUUUAAGUAAAGAAUUAAAAAAUGCAUGGCAAGAAUGGGAAUUAAUUAUACGUGAAAAAAUAGAUCGUGAUUUCUAGUCGUUUAUCAUUUACUUUUUUUUUUGUCAUAUUUUCAAUUUAUUACUAAGUGAGAAAAACUCAACACAGAAUGAAUCAAGAAAUAAAAAAAUUUAAAAAAAAACAACAGAAAAUAUUUAAAAAAAAAAGGAGAAAUCAGAUCGAAUAGUAUUUUUGCACUCCCCUCUCAUAUUCAUCUUUUAUUAUUUUUCUCUUUUGAAAAAUGUACAUUUUUGAAGAAAAAGAAAAUAACUAAACGGCAGUUAUAACUAUUUUUUUUAAAAUAACAACAAUAACAAUAACAAAGAUUCGAUCAUUUGUACUAUUGAAAUAAAAAUAUAAAAAAUAAAAUGUUGUUUACAUUCUUCAUUCACUCACACACACACUCUCUCUCUCUCUUUCUCGCUCCUUCCCUUCAUUUGUCUAUUUCAUGAUCGAUCGUCAUUUAAAAGUUUAAAUAUUCUGCUGACAUAAUACUGCAGAUUAUUAUUAUUAUUAUUAAUCUUUUGAUCUUAUUUAUAUUAAAGUUGACUUCAUUACUCUUUAUGAUUUGAUCCUUUUUUUUUACGAAAAAAAAAAUGUUUUUUUUUUACAUAUUUACGGAUGUUUUUUUUCUUCCUAUUUUGAGUGUGUAUUUUAUUAUUAUCACAUUGAAUUGUUAAUCAACAUAAGUAAAAAAAAAAAAGAAAAACUAAUGUGACAUUGAAAUUUCUCAUUUAUUUAAUUUACAUAUUAUCAGUGUUAAAAUUACAUAUUUAAAUGUUUAAUUAUGUAAAAAAAAUGGUAUUUUCAAUUAAUCAUAUAAGAUUUAUAAAACUA